AUGACUGAUGACCCUGCAUCAAUACUUACUCCCCACCUUCCAAUUUCUGCCAUGGAUGAACACUAUGACAUAAAUGCAGCUAAAACAUCUCUGGAACAAAUGUCCAAAGAACGCAUGCCAAACCAUCUUCAGCUCUGCAAGUUUGACAUGGAGGAGGGGCUGCAUCGUUUUGUACAGCCUACAUAUACUGAAUAUCCUCGAUGCUGGAAGCUGACUUACUUGGACAACAAUGGUGGAAUUGAAGAAGUUGUCUUGCAAGUCCAGGGCAUUAUAACUGGCAGCACCAUGCCUCCUAUUAAGUGGCCAUUCAAGAUUGAACCCUGUCAGCGGGCAUACUUCUGCCAGUCAGCAGCCUUGACAGGUUUUGGAUCGGAAUCCUUUGCUGAUGCAAUAAGAUGCAUUGAAGAAAUCCAUAAUAUUUUUGCUCGCCAUUUUCCUGAAGAAUCUCUUGAACUGUGGAAUGCUUCAAGCAGUGCUGGGUAUCUUACUAUCGAUAUGGCAAACCGCUACUUCACUCCUCGCUCUCAGGCAUCUCCAGACCAAAUCAUCUCCUCUUUUGCCAUUGAUCCUGAUGGCAUUCUUGCAGCAUGCACUACUGAUGGAACUCUGGUCCACACCAAAGAUAAUUCUGUGGAGUAUUAUGAGCACUAUCAGGAGGGUGAAAAACAACAAUACGAGGCCAUUGAUCCAAUCAAGUUUCGCAUAGGAGAUAUAGCAGAGGCUCAAGUAUCCUUCAUAGUCAUUCAUUUAAAGGAGCAGAAGUACAAGAUGCUCAUAGUUAUGCAGGCAUUGACCUUGCUUGAUAGCUCACCACUCCGGGUCCACACGAACAGAAGGAGCACCGUCAACAUGCGGGAUGUUGCAAGGGCAACGCGAAAGCGAAACCCCCUGUGCCGCCCACCCCUCAUGACCGGCCCUGCCCCCAUAAGGGUCGCUGUGUCAAUUGACACAAGGACCACGCCGCCAACUCAGCGUCAUGUACGUGAGCACGCUGCUCGCCGCCAACUUACUAACACCCCGGGUGUCGGAUAA